AUUACUCCUUCAAAAGUUCCAUGCACUGCAUUUCAUAAUUCUUUUUACUUUUGUGUGUGGUGUGUCCGUGUGGGUAUGUAUGGAAUUGGACUUUUUGGGGAAUAAAUCAAACAGAUCUAGAGUCGAUUUUCUUGUACGCAUUGAAAUCAUUUUGAAAAUGAAGACUCAAAACUCUACAAAUAAACCUCGAAAGCUUGGUGUUUCUAUUAUAGGUUUUAUUUGGUCAUAUUGAACGAGUCAAGCGUAGUAUUCGUAGUUAAAGAAAUCCAAUUUAUUGUUAUUUAAUAUUUACCUUUGUGGUCAUAUACUAAAAGUCUAAAACAAAGAAGAAAGUAUUUGAUAGUACACAUACCCUGGCUUGUCUCAUGUUUCCCUAUAGUACCUGUGGAUGCAAGUGAUUCAGAGAUUGAGCUGAAGUUGAAUGAGACAGUGAUAUGCUCAAAGGUUAAAUCUUUGGAGAAGCAAGCAUGGUGCAAAAUCAAAAGAGGUGUGGAUCUGGUUUCUGCAACCAUACAAAAUAUCAGUUCCAACACGAUUCUUGUUGAUGAGGCGGUUCUUCUAGAUGAACAAACUAGGACGAUCAAGUGUGGCAGUGAAAUUGCUCUGAGCCUUUCUUCUUCCGAGGGUUCUUUAAAAUACAGAUUUGAGAUAAUGCCUGCAGAGGAACCUUGCAAACGGUUAAAGGUCUCUGUUGAUGUAGAACAUGCAAAAUGCAGCAUUUGCUUAAACAUAUGGCAUGAUGUUGUCACCGUUGCACCCUGUCUUCACAAUUUUUGUAAUGGGUGCUUUUCAGAGUGGCUAAGGAGAUCUCAAGAGAAACAUUCAAGUGUUAAAUGUCCUGAGUGUAGAGCUGUCAUUCAGUUUGUAGGGAAAAAUGCCUUCUUGCAUAACAUUGAGAAUAGUGCUAUAACACCUUUUCCGUCAGUAGCACACACAAAAGCAGAUGAUGCAAAGGGUGUUACAGCGCCUACCGCGCUGAAUGUUGUAACUAUAAAAAAAGAACAUCAGAUAUGUUUAUGCAGUUCAGAGAACUCUCCUACUCUCUUUCCACUUAAUGCUCAGUAGUUUGGUCGUCAUUUGAUUUCUAUAGUAUCCUUUUAGUAUGUCAUUAUAUGUUGCAGUUUCAAGUGUGAGAUGUUAUUCUCCAUCCAUCCCAUAAUAAUAAUCCACUUACUAU